CAGAUUUAAUCUUAAAUAAUUUUAUACAUGUCCUCAAUUAUGAGAAAAAUGCUACAAGAAAAUGUUAAAAACAUCAAAAACACAACUUUCAUUGGAGUGGGUCUUUAAUAAAUGGCCAUUGUAGCAAUGAAAAUCCUAACCAUCGAUGAACUUGUGCUUUUGUUGCCGUUAGUCCUUCCAUGCAUGCUUCUUUUUUCAGUGAUCACAACGGUGUUUGAUGUGCACUAACUUGGCUGCAACAACCAUCCCAGCAUUAACACACUUGACUACAGAAUUCACAGUGUGGACCUUUGUUUGAUGAUGGGGUUCUGUGGCUCCAAGUUUUUACAUGCAGAUUCAGUGGUGUGAUGUUGGGCCCAUUCACACUACAGGCCAAACAGGUAGUGCAACAUUUGUGUAGCACUUUGAAUAAUUGUAAAUAAUACAGGGGUCGAGCAAUGAUUUAGUGCAGCAAACAUCAUUGCAUUGAAUAAUAAUUUGAUGCAAAGGCAUUUGGUUUUGCACUAAACUUCUAACUAUAGCGGGUGGUUGAAAGAUUGGUGUCUGUUGUCAUGACAACACUGUUAGUUCAUCUCUUUUGCAUCCACAACACUAAACUAUUUCUGAAGUACUGCAUCAUAAGUAGGUUAAAAAGAAUUUUUCUUGAGUGACAAUCAACCCUAGUUUGUCAGUGUUUGUGCAUUUUUCUUUUUUAUUUAAAGAGAAAAAUAAACAUUGAGUCAUUAAAAAAAGACAAACAAUUGGGAUUGGUUCUCAGUAAAUGUAGGAGGGAAAGAAGUAAAAGACGAAACUUAGAGACACACUAUAACAUAUUGUGUUUAAACAAAUAUUGUCCUUUGGUAAAUUUUUUGCGUCAAUUCAAAACACACAAAGGGUUGUCAGUUCUCUCUGAUUCUAAGUUAUUGCGCAGAGUUUAGUGCCAGUAAUGAGGCUGUGCCAUUGCACCACUAAAUCCAUGUAAAUCCUGUGUGUGCGGAUGGAUUUGCACUGAAGCGUGUGUUCAUACCAGGAACUUGAAGUUGAAGGAACCCUCCUUCCUCCCCUUCUUCUCUUGUCCUAUUGGUCUCCUUUGACCUCUGAUUUAGUUUGCUUCAAGUGGACACUACCAGCCUCAGGAAUGGCACUACUCCUACAUUCACAACGCCAUUUUGGGCCCUUUUGGAGAGCUAAUGACAGAAGCUGACCUGAAUCGAAUUGAGAAGCAAAUUGAGAACCUGCAGGUCAUGCAUAAGGUAUCUGAGGUGGAGAAGGAACUGGAGGAACUUGAGAGACAGCUGCAUCAACUCCUGCCUGUCUCUGCCGCUCUUAGUCAAGGGCACUUCUCAGUCAACCCAAAGCAGGUGCAUGGCCAAGCUGAAGAUCUUCCAGCAUGGUGCAGCAAGAUCUCCACUUUGCUCAAAAGCAUGGCAAUUCUUCUUGCCACACUGGGAGGCAAAGAAAUUGACAUCUUAGAUUAUAUACUUCAAAAAAAUCCUCAAGAACACGAAAAGAAUGUAAAUACAGGGCAGUCCCAACCUUCAACCUCAGUCAGCACUGGAAUUAUUGGCCGCUCUCAAUCCUUCUCAACAAGAGAAGAAGUGGAGAAGGAAAUAAAGCAAUGUGGAGUUUCAGUGAAGAACCUUAAGGCCAACUAUGAAGUACAAAAUCAGCCACAAUCUCAUAGAACUUACAAACGCAAAAGGUCACUGCCUGUAGUAAGUGAGACAACUGGUGAGGCGGAGUUUUCCUGUUCCUCCUCUGGAGCCGUUGACUUUAACACUAAUGGACAUUUGCUUUCUGAGGGGAAACCCACCUCAACUCAUGUUGAAGAACCUCUUGUCAUUAAAUCCUACGCUCCUCCUACGUAUGUGCCCUCUAAGGUAAUGGCUCCCACAAAUAUGGAGCAGUUUAGCCAGACGCUUCCUUCAGACCCCAUUUUAAAUUAUGACCAACUAACAAGAAGCCUGGAGGUUCAGACAGAUCUCAGCUAUGUCCAGGAGUGUAUUGAAAUGAGGAAGGAAAGAAUUGUUCUCUUGUUCCUCGAACACUGGCGGAAGUAUACAGUCUCAGAAUCUUAUCAGGCAAAAUACAUGAGCAGGAGAGGAAGUCACUUAGAUGUGGGCUGGGAAGGCUCCAGUUUUAAUGCCCAACUCGGUGGAGAGAUGCAGAGCGAGGAUGACAAACUCCUCCUGUUCAUGAAGUCCAAGCAGGUAGUUGGAAAUCUGAUCAGCCACUGGAGGGCGAUCAUGAGCCAGGUGCCCACACGUCAGAUUCGCCGGCUGAGUCGCACCCAAAUGAUCUACUGGCCAGAGCACUUCUUGCCACACAUCAAUGGGUCACCUGUGAGAUAUGAAAGUCUAACUCUGGACCUCUUUAUGCUGGGAUACUUCCAGCUACUGGAAAUGAACAUGUCUCGCAAUGAACGAAAAUUUCGCCACCUCCUGUGCUAUGAGAUGUUUGACCGUCUUGGCAGCCAUAAAUGGGAGGUGAUUAGACAGUUUCACAAGGAAGUCAUGGAAGACAUUGAGAGAGGCAAACGAGACUGGGCAGAUGGUUUUGAGGACAUAAAACUCAAAUAUUUUGGAGACUCAUUUGAAGGAGGAGAUUUAGUAACAAUCUCUUCACCUUCAAUGUCUCCUGAAAUAUCAACAAUGCCACCGGAGGAAUCUCCCCCUCCCCCACCUUCUCAUCCUCCUCCUCCACCCCCUUAUCAUAAUCAUAGUCCAAAUGUGCAUGCUUCUUCAUCAGCGCCAGAACUUCAGUCAUCCCAAGCGGACGCUUCUCUAACACCUUCUGCUGCCCAGAAUGGUGUACCUGAAAAGUGUGCGGACUCUGAGAACAUCUCUCAGAAGAAUGGACCAUCUAGUGAGCACACAGCAUCAAAGAAACCUGUGACUACAAAUGGGACUACUUCAAAUCAAAGUUUGGAAGUUGAAAGUGUUGAACAGGUUCAAACUCCUCCCCAACCAAGAGAAAACUCACAACCAAAAAAGAACAUUCCCCCUGUAACUGUAAAAUUUGUUGAGGAGCCUUACAUUGUUCCAUCCAGAGAAGAGCCUACUGAGGACUCCAUCAAAGUCAUCUAUGAGCUGAAGGAGUUUAGCAAUGAAGAAAUCAUCCGAUACAUUGAUCGAAGCUUUGCUUUUUGGAAACAGAAAGAAGCCGAGCUUUUUGAUAUCUAGCAGGACUUUGGGCAGAGCACAGCAGAGAGGGGGCAUGUGUUUAACUUCUGGUUAUUGAUCUUCAAUAACUUCACUGCAGCAAAGAAAUUCUGUUCAUCCAAUGAGUUCAAUUUCUUUAUAAUUGAGUUGUUGAAAAUCAAUCUUUUUAUGUUCCAAAUUAUUAUUUUUUUUACUGUUUGCAAUAAAAAUGCUGUAAUUUAAUCUGUUUAGAUAUAAUCAAAUAUUGUUGAAUACUUCAUUAUGUAAUCAGCUAUUUUAUUCUGCCUUUUAACAAAACAGCGUACAGCAUUCAUAACAAAUG